CGCAUCUUCGACGGGCGGCCCAAGAAAACCCCAGUGAUGGUUCCUGCGAGUCUCUCGCUGGUUGUCGGCGCUUUGUGGUUUUCAGUGUCUUCGGCCGAACAGCCCAAUAUCAUCUUCAUCGUAGCCGAUGAUCUAGGCUGGAACGACGUGGGUUUCCACGGCAGCAAUCAAAUUCCCACGCCGAACAUCGAUGCUCUGGCCUACAAUGGCAUCAUACUCAACAGUCAUUACGUCCAUUCCAGCAGCACGCCCACCAGAACCGCUCUUUUGACCGGAAAAUAUCCCAUGAGAUUGGGUCUGCAAGGUUCUUCGUUCCUUCCAGCCGAUAAGCGGUCUUUACCAGAUGGUAAAUUAUUGCCGGAUUAUUUCAAGGAAUUAGGAUAUGACACGUAUUUGGUGGGAAAAUGGCACUUGGGAUAUUCCAAAUGGAACGACACGCCGCAAUUCAAAGGCUUCGAUCACCAUUUCGGAUUUUAUAACAGUUUCACCAGCUAUUACGAUUAUCUUACAACGUGGAAGUUUAAUGGUAAAGAUUACACCGGUUUCGAUUUGCGCAAAGAUGGCAAAUCCGCUUUGGAAGAAAGUGGAAAAUACGCCACAGAUUUAUUCACCGAUUACACGGUAAAAACCAUAAUGGACCAAGACCCUUCGAAACCGUUGUUCAUAAUGCUGGCCCACUUGGCUGUACACGCUGGCAACAAUGGAAAACUUCUGGAAGCUCCACAAGAAACCAUCAACAAAUUCAGCCACAUAGUGGACUCCAACAGAAGGACCUACGCGGCGAUGGUUUCCAAGUUAGACGACAGCGUGGGCGCCAUCGUCGAAGCGCUAGACAGCAGGAACAUCCUGCAGAACACCGUCAUAGCCUUCAUCAGCGACAACGGCGCUCCCACAGUCGCCCCGACCUUCAGGAAUUGGGGUAGCAACGCGCCCCUGAGAGGCGUGAAGAACACCCUCUUCGAAGGCGGCAUCCGCAGCAUCGGCUUCGUCUACAGCCCGCUGCUGGUGCAAUCUGCGAGCCCGCUGCUGGUGCAAUCUGCGAGAGUAUCCACGGAUUUAAUACACGUUACCGAUUGGCUGCCGACGCUGUUCUCAGCCGCUGGAGGGGAUAUUGGCAUUUUGGACCAGGAUUUGGAUGGAAUAGACCAAUGGUCCAGCUUGGUUUACGAUUUGCCGUCGCCGCGAAACGACAUUUUAUUGAACAUCGACGAAAAAACGCGAAACGCCGCUUUGAGAUUUUACAACUGGAAGUUAAUUAUAGGUGGUUCACAGAACGAAACAUUGAGCGAUUAUUACGGCGACAUCGUCGCAGAAAACAUCGAAGAACAAACGUACAAUUUAAACGGAGUAUUGGAAAGUCCUGCAGGACGAGUGGCCAAUAAAAUCAACUACAGUCCUUUAAGUCCUGACGAGUACGAGCUCAUACGAUCGAAGGCGACUAUAAACUGCUUGGAUGGCAAAGCCAAGAAGAAUCCUUGCGAUCCCGUCGGAGGAUCGUAUUGUUUGUACGACAUCCCGAGCGAUCCUUGCGAGGAAAACGACUUGGCCAAGUUCUUUCCGAGCGUAGUGAGGCAAAUGAAGCGAGCUUUGGUCAAUUACAGGUCCAGCUUGAUCAGCCAGUUGGACGAGGAUGUUGAUAUAGAUAAAGCGGAUCCGAAGAAUUUCAGGUACGUCUGGGGUCCUUGGGUGGAUUGCAUCAAGCCCGAUUGCUCAUCGCCUUUGGAAAAGUAAUGAAGAAAUUGCAUCUCUGAAAUGAUUAUCAUCGGUUGAAUAACUACAAAUUGAACACCUUAUUGUAUAGUAUGUGCACAAUGUAUUGUACGAGAAGUUGAGUAAGCUUUUGAUGUAAAAUAAUGUAUUUUUUUGUGUAGUUGAGGGUUUUGAAAGUUGAGGGUCUCCUAAUGUUUUAAGAAUCGUGUCCAAAUUUUGUAGUAUUAAUUUUGAGACACUCUGUAUUAUAAUUAAAAAGCAAGUGAUUUUCAUAUUAUUGACUUUAAAACUUAAUUGGAGUGUCAUAUUACUACUUACAUUUUCUUAAUAGUAUUCUCUGUAUUGUAAAUAAAAUUAGGAAUUAUCGAUAUAACGAAUGGUAACAAAUCAAUGAAUUGAAAUAAUGUAUACGUAGAUAAAUAGAUAUUUAAGUUUAAAUAUGUUACAAAUAAUUUAAUAUACAGGUGCUAUUCAAAAAGUGUGGUUCAAAAGUGGGAAAUUUGUUUUGUGAUUUAAAAAAAUAUUACCGCAACGACUUAAUUAAUUUGAAAACUUAUUUAGCUCCAAUUAAACAUUCUAAAUUUGUUUCUAGGGGUUAAUUAACUUUCAAAUUGAUCCAACUUAUUGUCGUAAUAAUUAAAAAGCACAAUAAUAUUUUGAAUAGUACCGUAUAAGUA